CCUCAUUUCAGGUGAUCGAGUAGGUUGUGUUGAGGAAUCCAUAAUGUUUCCAUCCACUCAACCGUUUUGAAUUAUUCAAAGUGAUAUCUUACAUUUUAAUCUCUACAGGGAUAUGGCAUCGUCAUUGAUGGUGCAAGGCUGAGGAAAUCAACCCUACUACGAAAAAAGGACGUCGAGUGGGUUUAAGACCUUCAAGAUGAAUCCAUCAAGAAUUGUUCCACGGUCUCUCUCAAUUGCUCCAAGAGCGAGUAAAGGACCAGUUGUGCAAAGAAGAUGUUUUCGAGGAGCGAACAGUUCUCGCGUUGCCGUUGGAAAUAGGUCGAUACCCAGAGCUCGAACAGCAGCAUUUCUCUUAUCGGCCACUGUUGGUGCGGGAUCCUUAUAUCUGAUCUAUCCAAGUCAGCUUCAUGCGGAGGCGGCGGAGGCGGUUCCGGCCCCAGGAGAAGUCAGGUUCGAGCAACGGUCAGAGAAAGGGCUUCAGGAUUUGACUGUCUCGCAACAUCAACAAGCAAAAAAGAGUUGGGAGGAACCAGGAGUCUAUGCUUGGGGUUCGAACAGCGGUCGAGUCAUAGAUCCAGAUUCGGACGAGACGAUCAUCAAGAAGCCCAGAAGGAUAGCUUACUUCAACGGAAAGCUUAUUCGAGAUAUCAAGUUGGAUAGAAAUUUUGCGGCAGCCAUCGAUGAAAAUGGAGACCUACUUCAAUGGGGAGUCGCUUUCUCCCCAAGCUGUCGAGGCCCAACCCCUACGUUAAGAGGAAAAGAUCUCGUCAAGAUCUCCCUCUCUCGGGAUCGUAUCAUAGCACUUUCUUCCAAUGGCACCGUUUAUUCUAUUGCCGCAUCUCAAGCGGACCAUCAAUCGGGACCUAAGCCCCAAGAAACCUCCUGGAUCCCCUUCUUGAAGAGCGAAUCCCCUGUCAGUUAUCGAACGCUAACACCGAGUAAUAUGGAAUUUGGGGAGAGGGUCACGGAUAUCAGCAGUGGCCUCGAUCACUGCCUUAUCUUAACAUCAGAAGGACGACUGUUCUCGGCCGCAUCUGGGACCGAAGAUUUUCCAUCAAGGGGACAGCUUGGUAUACCAGGUUUGACAUGGAUGACUAGGCCUCCUGGCCCUCACGAUCAACCACAUGAGAUUAGUACGCUGAAAGGUUUUGAAAUCGCAAAGAUCGCCGCUGGAGCUUAUCACUCUUUGGUCGCCGAUAAAGAAGGCAGGGUCUGGUCUUUCGGAGACAACUCCUCCGGGCAGUUAGGUUUUGAUCUUGACCCCGAGUCACCCACAAUCGAUGCGCCGUCUCUUAUUCCAAUUGACAAACUCUACAAGGGCGCAAAUUUGCUUACUCGGGUUACAAAUGUAGCAGCAGGCGGGGCCAAUAGUUUCUUUACAGUUGAUGCUACUAAGAUGACUGGACGAGGGGAAGAUGGUUUACGUGGGCUUGGGCAGAUUACUGCGGACACUUGGGCUUGUGGCGAAGGCAUCUUUGGUGCACUUGGCAAUGGACGGUGGACACAUGUUCAGGAUACGCCUACGAAGAUUAAAGCACUCUCUGGUCUUUUUGAGUACGACGAGGUCACGAAUACUGUUAGUCCCAUCCGCCUCUCACAUCUGUCUGCUGGCUCAACACAUGCUUGUGCUAUCUUGAACAAUGGCACAAAUGUAGCGGCUGGGGAUCGAAGCACCGAAAAUGAUAUAAACUGGGGCUCAGAUGUGUUGUGGUGGGGAGGCAACGAGUUUUUUCAGGUGGGAACUGGGAAGAGGAGCAAUGUAAAUAAUCCUACUUACAUUGCGCCGCUUGAUGCUGAACCAGACAUGGAGAGAGGGAGAGCAGAGGAGCCCAGAUUUCAAAUCACACCAAGGACGAAGAUCACACUGGGUGGAAGAGACGUUAAUGUUGAGCAAAGGGUUGAAUGCGGUAGAGGAGUAACCGCUGUAUAUUCGUCGACAUGUGAACACAAGGAUGACCCCAAUUCGGUCAAUUCCUGGGGAAGCAAUAGUAAGUAGAAGCUGGUAUCCUGCGGCGGCGUUUGCUCCGUGGUUACUUAUAUUCGCUGUAUGUAUUCAUAACGACUGCUUAUGCCUUGUACACGC